UCAAGUCCUCGACUACACGAACGGAACAACACCGGGACAAAAUGGCAGAAGUAGCUCCAGCUCCAGCCGCCGCCGCGCCCAAAGCAGCCAAGAAGAAGGCGUCCAAGCCGAAGAAGGUCGGUCCCAGCGUCUCUGACCUCAUCGUGAAAACUGUGGCCGCUUCCAAGGAGCGGAGCGGCGUCUCUGCUGCCGCCGUCAAGAAGGCUCUGACCGCCGGGGGAUACGAUGUGGACAAGAACAAUGCCCGCGUCAAGACCGCCAUCAAGAGCCUGGUGGCCAAGGGGACUCUGGUCCAGAUCAAGGGGAUCGGGGCCUCUGGCUCCUUCAAGAUGAGCAAGACGACCGCCGACAAACCGGCAAAGAAAGCCGCUCCGAAAGCCAAGAAGCCCGCAGCGAAGAAACCCGCAGUGGCCAAAAAGCCCAAAGCAGCGGCAGUGAAGAAGGUUGUAGCCGCUAAGAAGUCACCGAAGAAGGCCACGAAACCCGCAGCUGCAAAGAAGGUAGCCAAGAUCCCCAAGAAGGUGGCCAAGAGCCCCAAGAAGGUGGUGAAAAAGGCCCCCGCAGCCAAGAAAGUCCCCGUGAAGAAAGCUGCUAAACCCAAAGCCAAGAAAGCUGCACCCAAGAAGAAGUGAGCUCAUCCUGAGGAAAAAGAAGCCAAGCUUCUAUAAAAAGGCUCUUUUAAGAGCCACCAAUCCUUCCUCAAAGAGCUGUUUUCUUUACUUAGGUUAUUUAGAGAAGACUUUGAGUUUAAAUUACAUUUUACACUCACCCUAGGCUACACUAAUCCAUUGAGGGACAUCCAAUAACUUAAAGCAUAUACAGGAA